AUGUCGAGCCGAACUCGUCGCAUCGCCAAGGAGAUGGGAGACAUCGAGGCGGACCGUGCCUCGAACCUCUAUGUUGCUCUGGCCGACCCGGCUUCCGGAAACCUCACGCACCUCAAGGCCAGCAUCCUCGGACCUCCCGGGACCCCGUACGAGGGCGGCACCUUCAUGGUCGACAUCAAGAUCCCCAACGACUACCCCUUCCGCCCUCCCGUCAUGAAAUUCGACACCAAAGUCUGGCACCCAAACAUUAGCAGCCAAACAGGCGCCAUCUGUCUCGACACUCUGAGCACCCGCUGGUCCCCGGUCAUGACCAUCCGAAGCACGCUGCUCUCCCUGCAAUCCCUAUUCGAGAGCCCCGAGCCAAAGGACCCUCAAGACGCAGAGGUCGCAAAGAUGAUGAUCCACGACCUCGACGGCUUCAACCGCAAGGCCCACGAAUGGGCCGUCCGCCAUGCCGGUGCGCCGCACAACCCGAAGCUCCAGUCUGUCCAGCCCCGCUCCUCGCUACAGGCCUCGCCAUCCGUCGUCGACGACAGCCGGAGAUACCAGGGCUACAACCGGGAACUGGUCAACCGUUUCGUCAGCAUGGGCUUCGACGUCGACCGCGUGGUCGAGGCCUUCCUCUUCGUGGGCAUUGAUAAGAACAAUGGUCUGGAUUACGAGCUGGAAGAAGCAUACAUGGGCGACAUUACCGCUCGUCUCCUGGGCGAGCCGUGA